AUGGCUUCACUGCAUAUUGCAGUCAUUGGCGCAGGACCUGUCGGCUUUUCCAUAACAAUAUACGAAUCCGAUAGCUCGCCCAACUUCCGUUCACAAGGCGGCGCACUAGAUCUCCAUCCAAAGAGUGGUCUCGCUGCCAUACAUGAGGCACAGCUGGAGGAACAAUUUCAGAAAUAUGCUCGCUUCGAUGGUGACUACUACAACAUGUGCGACAAAGACUUCAGGACUCUCCUCACCUUUGGACCCAGCGCCAAGGGUACCCUAGAGCGUCCAGAAAUCGAUCGGGCAGACUUGCGCAAGAUGCUCGCUGAUUCACUGCCAGUGGGCACAAUCAAAUGGGGACACCGCCUAGCAUAUCUCGAAUCUGACGGCGAAGGCCAAAAGACUUUGGUCUUCAAAGACGGUACGACAGCCACAGGGUUUGAUCUUGUGGUCGGCGCUGAGGGAGCAUGGAGCAAAGUGCGCUCUGCCCUCACGGAUAUCAGGCCGUACUACUCAGGCAUUGGGUAUCACAGUCUCGACAUCCUGGACCCCAAAACUACGGUCCCGGGGCUGCACAAGCUAGUCAACGGCGGCAACAUAUUCGCCUCCAACGCACACCAGAGAAUUUCCAUUCAGCAGAUGGGCGACGGCAGUCUGCACAUCGGCUACGUCAAGGUGCGGCCGGAAACUUGGCAAGACUCGGCCUCGAAGGACUGGUGUGGCUACGACGUCCACGAUAUCGAGUCGACGCGGGUCGGAAUCCUCGAGGACAUCGCGGACUGGGACCCCAGACUCAAGGAGGCUAUCGAGAGGGCCGAGGGGAGAUGCCAGCCCAAAAAUCUGUACAUGCUGCCCGUGGAUUUCAGUUGGGAACACAAAGCGGGUGUGACGCUCAUCGGCGACGCCGCGCACCUCAUGACGCCGUUCGCGGGCGAGGGCGUCAAUGUCGGUUUCGACGAUGCGAGACACCUCGCCGCUGCCAUCAAGAGGAGCGUCGAGAUGGGGACUUUGCUGGAUGAGGAGGUCAGGCAGGCGGAAGAGACCAUGUUUCCACGCAUGAAUAUGUUCCAGGAGCUCACGGAGUCGCUUAUGAACCUCUGGAUGUUCAGCGAUGAUGUGCGUACAGUUGUCCCGAAAGUGAUUAUGAAACAUGUGUCGAUGGGCACCCCAUGGAUAGUACACCCGCUGCUGUGGGCUGUGGUGCAAGGAUGGUGGACAGUUAGGGGACUAAAGGAGAAAGUAUUUGGGUAA